AUGUCCUUCCUUACAAGACUUGGCCUCGCCGGGCCCUUGGACUCCCCGGUCACAAACUACAGCCCAUUCUUCCUAGGCUUCCAAUACUUCUACGCCUACGGUCUCCUCUCCUCUCGCACCUUAAAGCAAUGGUACGGCCUUGAUCAUAACGUCUCACCACGCGAAGACCUCGCCAAAUUUGGUGAAGCAGCCAUCAUAGAAGGAAGAAUCACACGUCGGCAGCUUGACAUGUUGAAGCGAAAUGAAGCAGCGCAUGCGAAUUCCGUUGAAGGGUUCUCGCUUUUUGUUGCUGGAUUGGGUAUUGCGUCUGUUGCCGGUGUUUCGCCACGGAUCAUCAAUGCUGCUGGGAUAUCGUACACAGUUGCGAGACUUGCAUAUGGGGCGAUCUAUAUUCUUGUCGAUCACCCGAAAUGGAGUCAAUUACGGGGACUCACUUGGUGGUGGGGUAAUUUCAGUUGCUUUUAUUUGCUGUGGGAGGCUCAGAAGAUUUUUAGGAAUGGUGCUUGA